AGCAUAUGAUAAUGCAUUCGGCGCGUCAGUCAAAGCCUCUCAAGCAUUUUUCGAUUUACAAACAAUCCUUCCACCGUGCAUGAGAAUGGGAGUGAUUACUGGAAUUCCAUCAGCUGAUGUUGAGAUGCCCUCGGGUGAUGAACAAUAUAUCUUAAGACAACAAUCGUCUGCUCCUAAUAGUUUUGGAUCUUCAGCAGCGAAUAAUAACAAUUCUGCUAAAAUAAGAAUCACUUCAACGAAAUCUAGAGCACGUAAUUCACGAUCUAGGACUAAAAGCGAUGAUAAUCUAGCUGCGGAAGAGAAUAUAUUAACCGUUGAUUCGUCAAGUACACGCCCCAGUAAAAGACACAGAAGAUCAAGUAACCUUGGUCCAGAAGAACAAGCGGCAUUUGAUUCAGACCUGCUUGCCGCUUUUCAAGCUGUAUAUGAAAGACGUAUUGCAUAUGACAAAAUUUCACAGAAAAAAUUGGCUAUUGAAUUAAAUGAAUUGUCCAACGGAAAGACGGCUAUUGUUCAAGGCACUAUGUCGAAAUUAAUUCGCGGGGUCGCUGUGCCAAAAGAUCAAUAUAUCAUUAAUGCAAUUCAGAAAUGGAUUGCUAGAGAGAAUUCAAGAGCUCAUAAGUACGAGCAGCAACAAGAUCAGAUGGAUGUAGAACCAGAGACACAAACAUCGGAAGCCGCAACAAAGAAUGAAGAUGAAGCAGGGGAAAGAAAAACUGUAAGAGAGAAAGAAAGAGAAGGGGAAUCAAGAAGAGAAUGGGAUAGAGAAGGAGAGAAGGAAAUUGAAAAGGGAUCAGAAAAGAUGGUAGAAUAA